GCUGUGUUAGCAUCCCCCAGCAACUCCAUCAAUACUGCAUACAGCUGGAAGCCUGGCGAGGAUCCCCAUUGCAACCGUGGGAUCUGGUCAUCGUAAGCAGCCUGCUGCAUCAGCCCUGAACGCUGUGAUCGCGCUGCUGGAUGUUUCUGUCUUUUUUAUGUGAUUUUUUCCUCCCUUUUCCUGGGAGCUUAUGACUUUGAGAGCUAUGCCGUGGCAUUAACGGGCAGAAGGGAGGAGGACGGAGUACCCAGGGCUGAUUGUAACGAGGGGACAAAAGCUUGGGAUCUCUCUCCAAUAGCAUGCCAUCGCUCUCAGCAGGAUACCGGAAAGGAUCUCAUUGCACCUGCUCUUAACAGACUUGGGCUAUGAGAGGGAGCUGAUGUCUGCAAUGGCUAUACUGGACUUGCAGACCUUCACACCACAACAUCAACGCUUCUGCUGCCCCACCACUCGGCCUCCUCCCAGGAGAGUGUGACCUCCACCCCCACAUCUCCAGGGCUUCCUUCAGCUGCCUCUUAGUGUGACUCUGGACCCAUCAUGGGAGGAUGUCUUUCCAAACCCAAACCAGUUGAGGUUAAAGUUGAACUGACCCUGCUUGAGAAAGAGAAGGAAACAGACGUGAUGUCCCCCAAUGGCAAGGCCAGCCCGUUCUCGGACGGCAGACCCAACGGGGCCCCGGGACACUGCUCUGAUGAGGACUCCGCCCCAGCGCUGAGGUCCCACCACAAGCCCCAUGACUAUGUGGAGGCCUCCGUGUGCCACGUUAAAGACCUGGAGAAUGGACAAAUGAGAGAAGUAGAUCUGGGGAGUGGCAGAGCCCUACUGAUCAAGGAACACGGCGAGUUCUCUGCCAUAGGACACAAGUGUCCCCACUAUGGGGCACCGUUAGUCAAAGGGGUCUUAUCUAAGGGACAUGUGCGUUGUCCCUGGCAUGGGGCCUGCUUUAAUAUCUCCACUGGUGACAUUGAGGACUUUCCUGGAUUAGACAGCCUGCCCACCUUCCAGGUUAGAGUGGAAAAGGACAAGGUGAUAAUUCGGGCUAACAAGCAGGCUCUUCAGUCACAGAAAAGGACCAGGGCCAUGACAAAAUGCUCUGCGGUUGUUAACGCCAACACUGGCUUCAGCCAUGUGUUCAUCAUCGGAGCAGGUCCAGCUGGGCUGGUUUGUGCAGAAACGUUGAGACAGGAAGGCUUCACAGAUCGCAUUGUCAUGUGCACCAUGGACAAGCACCAGCCCUAUGACAGACCUAAACUGAGUAAGUCUCUGGAAAGCACAGCUGAACAUCUUAGACUGCGAUCAAUGGAGUUCUUCCAGAAUCAUGACAUAGAGUUACUAACAGAAAAGGAGGUAGCCUCGGUGGAUGUAAGGUCCAAGACGGUUACAUUUCGGGAUGGCUUGAAAAUGGAAUAUAGAAAACUCUUUAUUGCCACUGGAAGCAAACCCAAGCCAUUGAACUACAAAGGCAAAGACGUGGAAAAUGUCUUUUACCUCAGAACACCAGAAGAUGCCAACAAUAUAGCCAGGCUCGUGAACAACAAGAACGCUGUCAUUGUGGGGACGUCAUUUAUCGGCAUGGAAGUAGCUGCAGCUCUAACUGACAAGGCUCACUCUGUCUCCGUCAUUGGCAUCGAGUCUGUCCCUUUCCGGAAAGUUCUGGGAGAAAAAGUUGGAAAGGCAAUAAUGAAGAUGUUCGAGACCAACCGGGUGAAGUUCUACAUGCUGAACGAGGUUUCAGAGAUGCGAGGUCAACACGGACAGUUGAAAGAAGUAGUCCUGAAAAGCGGAAAAGUUCUGAGGGCCGAUGUAUGUGUCAUUGGCACAGGAUCGAUCCCAGCCACUUCCUUCUUAAAACAGAGUGGGAUACACAUGGACUCAAAGGGUUUCAUAAGUGUCAGCAAGAUGAUGCAGACCAAUGUGGAUGGGGUCUUCGCUGGGGGGGACGUGGCCAUGUUCCCCCUGUCGCUGCGUAGCAAUAAGAAGGUGAACGUCCCCCACUGGCAGAUGGCGCACAUGCACGGGCGAGUGGCAGCACUCAAUAUGAUGGGCAGGAUUGUCGAAAUCAAAACCGUGCCUUACUUCUGGACGGCCAUGUUUGGAAAGAGCAUAAGAUAUGCAGGUCAUGGGGAGGGGUUUGAUGAUGUCAUCAUCCAGGGAGAUCUGGACGAGCUGAAGUUUGUGGCCUUCUAUACCAAGAGCGAGGAGGUGGUGGCGGUAGCCAGCAUGAACUACGACCCAAUAGUGUCGCGUGUGGCAGAGGUGUUUGGAUCCGGAAAGGGGAUCAAGAAAAGGGACGUAGAGACUGGAGACAUGUCUUGGCUGAUAGAUAAGGGUACGCAGUGAAGAUCUCGAAUUGCCCUGUGCAGCUUCAAGCCGAAAGCUUCUGGAACCUUCCUGGGACCAGAACUCACGGUGCUGUGGAAAAAAACCCACCUGCAGACCAAGGGAACAUUCCCUCAAUGGACCGGUCUGGGUUACCCCCCUUCCCAACCCCCUCAAGGGAGAUGACCUGCUGAACCUGAAACGUACGGAUUUACACAACUAACACCGAACGUUAACUCACCAUGAGUGGUUUUAAUGAGCUCAGAAGCCUUAGGGCAAAUCUUGGGAUUGGCUUCUUUUCCUGAUUGGACCACGAAGCAAUACCGGGAUUCAAUUCCGUGCUUGUGCAUGUUGUAUCUACCUGGAAACUUUAUUUAUAGGUCGAUUGUCAUUUUUGUACAUUUAAAAUUUGUACAGUUAUAACUUGCAACUCCAAGCAGAUUAACAAUUCAGAGAGAUUUAUAUCAAUCUUUUGAGAAUUUGAAAUAUAUAUAUACACAACAUUGCUUGGCUGCAACAUGGGAGCUGGGUCUAUAUUUAGGUUUUUCUUCUUCCAAAUAUAUAUAUGUAUAUGUAUUAAUGUUCUUGUAGCACCCAAAAAAUCAACACUAAGGAUUCUACUUCGAGCCAUUAUUCUGAAUACUCAAACUGGGGAAGGAAAAAAUAAGCAAAGUUGUCAUCCUUAGAAGCCAUAAUAAAGACAGACCGUAAAUGAUAGUGCCACCAUGUGGAGACACAGAAGAAUUGCAUAUGCAAUAUUUUGGGGGGAAAAAAAGCCUAACCAUCUGACAUUGUGUCAAAAAAAAAAAAAUUGCAAGCAAGCAGGCAGUAGCUGCAUUACAUGUAUAAUCUCAGAGCAUGAAACCCCUAUAUACUAGCAUAUAGCCUCUAAUUAAAAGCAGGACGAGUAUCAGAUUGUCUUCUUGCUCUGCUCUUAAAGGAAAUGUAUAUCUUUGCGUAAACAAAUGUCGCCAUGCAAUGCAGGAUGGAAUUGCGUAGCGUGUAUUUCCCUGCACCUGGGCACCUAUGGUAACUGCUAAAUUACAUUUUAGACAUUUAUGCUUUUCAUGGAUGCUCUUUGUUACUAACUCAGGGACCUGAGGUUUGGGGCAGGGUUCUGUGACCGGUGUUGUUGCCAAAAUAAAUCUUCUCUUAUUUUCCUACCUGA